AUGAAGUACGUGGUUUCCUCGGCCUUGGGCCUGGCACUUUCUGUCAAUGCAGCUCCGUCUCGGACUUUGAACGCCCUGCCCAGGCAGGCCGCCGAGGCAUGCGCCUCGGCUGUAAGCCUCGAUGCCAGUACCAAUGUGUGGGAGUCCCACACUCUGCACGCCAAUAACUUCUACCGUGCCGAGAUCGAGGCGGCGGCGGCGAACAUGACCAGCCCCUUGAAGGAACAAGCUUCGAAGGUUGCCGAUGUCGGAUCGUUUGUCUGGGUCGACACAAUCGCUAAUAUCGAGCGACUCGAGCCCGCCAUCGCCGAUGUGCCUUGUGAGAAUAUCCUAGGUGUCGUCAUCUACGACCUUCCAGGCCGAGACUGUGCCGCGAAAGCCUCGAAUGGAGAAUUGGCAGUGGGCGAGCUCAGCCGGUACAAGACUGAGUACAUUGACCCAAUCGCUGCGAUCCUCAAGGCGAACCCCAACACCGCCUUCGCCCUUGUCAUCGAGCCCGACUCGCUUCCCAACCUGGUCACGAACAUCGACCUCACCACUUGUCAGGACAGUGCCGCUGGAUAUCGCGACGGCGUUGCCUAUGCGCUGUCUACACUUAACCUGCCCAACGUUGUCAUGUAUCUCGAUGCUGGCCAUGGUGGCUGGCUGGGCUGGAAUGACAACCUCAAACCCGGGGCCGAAGAGCUGGCCAGCGCAUACAAGGCUGCCGGCUCGCCAUCGCAGUUUCGAGGCAUUGCCACAAAUGUUGCAGGAUGGAACUCCUGGGAUGCCGAGCCCGGCGAGUUCGCCAGUGAUCCUGACGGGCAAUAUAAUGCCGCUCAGAACGAAGAGAAGUACGUGUCACUGUUUGGCGCAGCUCUGGCUACUGCCGGCAUGCCUAACCAUGCUAUCGUGGAUACUGGACGGAACGGGGUCCAAGGCCUUCGUGACGAGUGGGGUGACUGGUGCAACGUGGAUGGUGCUGGGUUUGGUCUCCGCCCCUCCGCUGAUACUGGCUCAGAUCUGGCCGAUGCUUUCGUGUGGGUCAAGCCUGGUGGGGAGAGUGACGGGACUAGCGACAGCUCAGCUGUUCGCUAUGAUUCGUUUUGUGGAAAGGCCGACGCCUACAAACCAAGUCCAGAGGCUGGUACCUGGAACCAAGCAUACUUUGAGAUGCUGUUGCAAAAUGCGAAUCCUUCCUUCGCAUGA